AAUGGUUACCCAAUGCAGGAAGUAGGAAGUAGCCAAUGUACACACCUUUUCGUGUUUUUAAUAGCUCUCUAACUAGCAAUACUUUAUACGUGACUAGGGUUCUCUCGUAUGUUUUCGAAAUUAUCAGUCGUCGUAUGGACUAAGAAAGCGCUCAACAUAUGGUCCGUGGAUAACGUAUGACAAGGUCCGUUGACAAGGUUCUCUCCAUGAGUCACAGUCGGAACCCCCGCCCAGGGGACAGGGGGCAGCGCGAGCCAAACAGAUGGGGCUGCUCCUGGAUCUGUCUCCGGAUGGAGGAGGAAAUGAAAAAGAGCUGGAGGCGGAGCUACUGGCUCUGAUGGGCGGGGCGGGUCCCAGGGGAAGAAAGGGACAGGAAAAGCUCCAGUUCCCAUGGCUGAUAUCGAGCGUAUGGCGGCUCUGUGUAUGAAGGACCUUGAUGAGGAUGAUGAUGAUGGGGAUGAUGAUCUGGAGGAUGAUGAUGAUCUCCUGGCUGAGCUGAAUGAGGUUUUGGAGGACGAUGAUGAUGAAGAGGUUCAGAAACCUGACACCACUCCAAGCUCUAACUCCACCCCCAGCUCCACCCCCAGCACUCCUAGUGGUGCAACCGGGCUGGAGGCCUGCCUGGCUGAACGCAUUGACAUGUACCAGACAGCCAUCUCCAAUGCUAAUGCAGAGGGGGAGACCAGCAAGGCUCGCAGAUACGACCGCGGAUUGAAGACGUUGCAGUCCAUGAUGACGUCAGCCAAGAAAGGAAAACCAAUCAACGAAGAGGAAAUCCCGCCUCCUGUCUCCACAGGUGGAAAGCCUGCCCCAGCCCCCGUGCAGCAGCCUAAACCAAUCAAAGAACGGGGGCUGCCAACCCCAGUGCUGACGCCCUCCCCGUUCACCAAUCAGAAGCCUCUGAGGGAGGCUCCGCCUGUUGCCCCGCCUCCUAAGCCCCGCCUCCUGGUCCCCCUCAGAAACACACUGCCGUUACCCCGGAUACACCUGCUAUCUCCCCCCUCACCCCCAUUCAACCAGACGCACGGCACUCAGCGUGGUUUUGUUCUGUGUUUACUAUGUACUGUGUUGUUGUGGCCCAGGCUGUCCUCCGCUGCAGGGCUCAGAGAGCAGCCAGCAGAACUUCAUGGGCGUCCUGGAGACGGCCAUGAAACUGUUUGUCAGGACGCAGACGCAGAGGACGAGGACGGAACAGGGGAAUUGGCCAAGCCUGCAGUGGGAGCUCCAGUCCAGAAAGGCAAAGCCCCCACCCCUCCCACACCAGGUUCCGGAGGCAACACAACACAGGGCUCCAGACUGGGGCUUAAAGCCCAGCAGCAGUUGGACUUCCUGUUGCUGCGGCGCCAGGCGUUCGUCCGCGCGGCGCUGCGUUCUAAACAGAUGAAGGACAUGCAGGGAGCGGCGGUCCAUCUCCGACACGCUAAAGGACUGGACCAGAUGAUCAGCGCCACCAAGGGAGGCCUGCCUGUAGACAUCACCAAGGUCCCCAGUGCUCCAGUCAGUGAGGAGGACUACUCUCUGGCUCGGUCUCGCUCCUCUCCUCGCUCCUCAGAGCAAUACAACAGCCUCAUGGAGCUCCUCCGACAGCAGCACCAGAAAUGUCUGGGCUACUCCCAGCAGUUCACUCACAUGGGAAGUGUGGCCGAGACCUCCAGGUUUGAGAAGCUGGCAGAGGAGUGUAUGCAGAACAUUGAGGUGCUGAAGAUGGCCCACGCCAAGGGCCAACCUGUCCCCAAAUACCACACUGAGGAGAGGACCUUCAACACUGUCAAAAUGUAUCCUGACCUGACAGCCAAUGAGAUGACGCUGUACAUCGUGAAGGGCAUCAAUCUACCUGCUCCCUCAGGAGUCUCUGCCAGUGAUCUGGACACCAGUGUGCGCUUUGAGUUUCCUUUUCCUAGUAUGGUAAGACUCACACACACACACACACACACACACACACACACACACACACACACACACACAUACACGCAACACACAACCAUUUUUUAUGCACACAUUUCCACUUAG